AUGCCCGCAUCCGGCGCGGAUAUUUUCCGCCUCCGGCCCCUCUCCCCAUGGUCGGCGGCCGGUCAGGACAUUUCGACACGUGGCGUGCGGCCAUUCGCCGUUUCCUACCUCCCCGCAUUGAACGCGAACGCUCCACUCACCCUCAUAGCCGGGACCGCGCGUCGAUCACGACAGCUCUGCCGGAAUUCACGGAACCCCGAGCGGCUUCUAUUCGUCGCCUCCGCGGAUCGCGCGCGCUCGAGUGGGGGGGCGCAUAGAGGGGAGGACUGGGUGAGGGGGAGCGGAAGGUGGGUUGGCGGAAGGUGGGGGAGCGGGAGGUGGGAUGGGGGGGCCGAUUCGGGGCGGAACCAGUCUUCCCCGCGCUCGGCUGGCGGGGCGCGGGGCGGGGACGACUGGGGGAGGGGGACGGCGGCGGAGGGGCGGAACUGGGCGAGGGGACGGUGGGGAGGCGCCGAUGAUUGGGGAAGCGGAAGGACGGGAGGGGGAGGGGGAAGGGGAGGCGAGAGGGGGAGAAACAGCAGGGCGGAAUGGGAGAGGGGAGGGCCCUGGCGGGCGAACUGGGCGGGCCAAUCAGAAGGCAGCAGAAACGAGGGCGGCAGGGAGGAGGGCGGCCGGAAUUGGGGCGGAAGGGACGAGGGCAGCGGGAACUGGGGCGGAAGGGACGAGGGCAGUGGUGGCAAUGCGAUUGGUGGAGUUGCGGGUGGGGGGGACCACUAUGUGACCUUGGGAGUGUCGAGGCGCGCCAGCAAGCAGGAGAUCAAAACGGCCUUCAGACGGCUGGCACGCAAGGUGCUGUGCUUGCAGUGGUUUGUGCGCUUGUGGGAAGGGGACUGCUGGACCUUAUGGCUGAGGGCGACAGGCGCCUCCCCUUGUCCCGCUCUUGUCUCCUCUCCUUGUGAUGUUGCUGUUGUGGCAGCAUGUCAUCCUGACGUGUCACGUCACCACCAGUCCACCCAGGCGUUCCGAGCCAUUCUGGCUGCUUAUGAGGUACUAUCUGAUGAGCAGCAGCGGCAGCGCUACGACUUCACCCUGCCACCACCUCCAGCCGCUGCAGCAGCUGACGCCAGGCCCUUCUGGAACCAAAACAGACGUCCCUCCGCCGCUGCUGCUGCAGCCACUGCAGCAUCGGCAGCAGCAGCAGCAGCAGCAGCAGCAUCACCUUCUUACUCCUCUGCCACACCCCCGGAUGAUACGGGCGACUGGUGGGACGGCGGCGUUGGUGGCGGUGGUGGUGUGGCUGGGAGGGCAGGUGGCGGCUCAGCUCUCGAUUUCUCCUCUCGUGUUGGCUCUCCUCGCUUCCAGGUUGACCCCUCUCUGGGACCAAAGCUGAUUCCUACGGCCCCUCGAAUGUGCACCGUUGGUGAAGGUGGUGGUGUGGCUGGGAUGGCAGGCUGUGGCGCAGCUGUCGAUUUCACUGCUCGUGCUGGCCCUGCUGGCGUCAAGGUUGACUCCCCUCUCUGA